GCUGGUGCGUGGGGGCCUUUCCUCAGCAGCGUGAGCAUGAGCGUCCCGACUUCCCCAGCAGAGAAGGGCCUGAAUCCGGGGCUUAUGUGCCAGGAGAGCUACGCCUGCAGUGGGACCGAGGAGGCCGUGUUCGAGUGUGACGAGUGCUGCAGCCUGCAGUGUGUGCGCUGUGAGGAGGAGCUCCAUCGUCAGGAGCGCCUGCGUGACCACGAGCGUAUCCGCCUCAGGCCUGGCCACGUGCCCUACUGUGACCCCUGCAAGGGGCCUGGCGGCCCUUCGCCAGGUGCCAGGCAGAGGGCGGUGGUGAGGUGCCAGGCCUGCAAAAUCAACUUGUGCCUGGAGUGCCAGAAGAGGACUCAUUCAGGGGGUAGUAAAAGGAGACACCCUGUGACUGUGUACCACGUUAGUAACGUCCAGGAGCCGCCAGAGGCAGAAGAGAUGGAUGAGGAGGCCAGGAGGAGGAAGAUGACCGAGAAGGUUGUGAGUUUCCUCCUAGUAGAUGAAAAUGAGGAAGUUCAGGUAACAAAUGAAGAGGACUUUAUUAGAAAAUUGGACUGCAAACCUGAUCAGCAUCUGAAGGUGGUUUCCAUUUUUGGAAAUACUGGUGAUGGAAAAUCUCAUACCCUUAACCACACUUUCUUUUAUGGCCGCGAAGUCUUCAAAACAUCCCCUGCCCAGGAGUCCUGCACUGUGGGUGUGUGGGCAGCCUAUGACCCAGUCCACAAAGUAGCGGUGAUAGACACGGAAGGGCUCUUGGGGGCCACUGUGAAUCUCAGCCAGAGAACGCGGCUGCUGCUUAAGGUCCUGGCUGUCUCAGACCUUGUCAUCUACCGAACGCAUGCAGAUCGGCUACAUAACGACCUCUUCAAAUUCCUUGGGGAUGCCUCGGAAGCUUAUCUGAAGCACUUCACCAAGGAGCUCAAGGCGACUACUGCCCGCUGUGGCCUGGAUGUGCCUUUGUCCACGCUAGGCCCUGCGGUUAUCAUUUUCCAUGAGACUGUGCAUACUCAGCUCCUGGGCUCGGAUCACCCCUUGGAGGCGCCAGAGAAGCUCAUUCAGGACCGCUUCCGGAAGCUGGGCCGCUUUCCUGAGGCCUUCAGUUCCAUCCACUACAAGGGCACGCGGACUUAUAACCCCCCCACAGACUUCUCGGGGCUCCGGCGGGCUCUGGAGCAGCUGUUGGAGAACAACACCACCCGUUCCCCCCGGCACCCAGGGGUAGUUUUCAAAGCCCUGAAGGCUCUGAGCGACCGGUUCAGUGGGGAGAUCCCCGACGACCAGAUGGCACACAGCUCCUUCUUCCCGGAUGAGUACUUCACCUGCUCCUCCCUGUGCCUCAGCUGCGGGGUUGGGUGUAAGAACAGCAUGAAUCACGGGAAGGAAGGAGUGCCUCAUGAAGCCAAGAGCCGCUGCAGCUACUCCCACCAGUACGACAACCGUGUCUAUACCUGCAAGGCCUGCUACGAGAGGGGCAAGGAAGUCAGCGUCGUGCCCAAGACAUCUGCUUCCACUGACUCUCCCUGGAUGGGUCUUGCCAAGUAUGCCUGGUCCGGGUACGUGAUUGAGUGUCCCAACUGUGGUGUGGUCUACCGCAGCCGGCAGUACUGGUUUGGGAACCAGGAUCCCGUGGAUACAGUGGUGCGGACGGAGAUUGUGCAUGUGUGGCCGGGAACUGAUGGGUUUCUCAAGGACAACAACAAUGCUGCGCAGCGCUUGCUGGACGGGAUGAACUUCAUGGCACAAUCAGUAUCCGAGCUUAGCCUUGGGCCCACCAAGGCCGUGACCUCCUGGCUUACUGACCAGAUCGCUCCUGCCUACUGGAGGCCCAACUCGCAGAUUCUGAGCUGCAGCAAGUGUGCGACGUCCUUUAAAGACAAUGACACCAAGCAUCACUGCCGGGCCUGCGGGGAGGGCUUCUGCGACAGCUGCUCCUCCAAGACCCGGCCAGUGCCUGAGCGGGGCUGGGGCCCUGCGCCCGUGCGGGUGUGUGACAACUGCUACGAGGCCAGAAACAUCCAGCUCGACGUCACUGAGGUACAGGCUGAUGAUGAGGGUGGAACCCUGAUUGCUCGGAAGGUGGGUGAGGCUGUGCAGAGCACCCUGGGCGCAGUGGUGACAGCCAUCGACAUACCACUAGGUCUGGUGAAGGAUGCAGCCAGGCCAGCGUACUGGGUUCCUGACCAUGAGAUCCUAUACUGUCACAGCUGCCGGAAGGAGUUCAGUGUCAAGCUGUCCAAGCACCACUGCCGGGCCUGCGGACAGGGCUUCUGUGACGAGUGCUCCCACGACCGUCGGGCUGUCCCUUCUCGUGGCUGGGACCACCCUGUCCGAGUCUGCUUCAACUGCAAUAAAAAGCCCGGCGACCUUUAACCCCAGCCCCCCUCCGGGUCCUUCACAGCUCCUUAGGUUCUCAGGGUUAGAAACAGUCUCGUCGAGGUAGGCCCUCCUCCCGCUCACCUGCAGUGCUACGUGUCCCCCUCACCUCAUCCCUGGGUGGGGUGGGCCUGGUGGUGGGCCCGAAGCCGUGAACUCCACGGGGCCAGCUCAUGGCAGAGGGGAAAGAACUGACUCUGACAUGUUUAUUUCAGCUAACAGUAAUGAAUACAUACAUGUGCAUACACCUCUCCAUAUAUACAUGGACAGGCCUGGUGUGCAGGGCGCCCUGCCAGCUUAGCUGGACACUGGGCAUGGCCUGGCCCGCUCUGGGAGUCAGUGGCAAUAGCAGCAGGUCUUCCUAAGCCAGCUGAGCCUGAGUCCUAAGCCUCUCUCUGGCCUCAGAGCUCUCCACUCGCCUCUUCCCACUGCACCUCCCAGCUGCCUAAGGGAAGGGAACCUCCUGGCACUUCUUGUUCCAAACUGUCUGAAGGGAACUAGCUGGGUCCUCUGGGAGGUGAAGCCCAGUUUUUGGCUCAAGCCUGUUUCAAUUGAGACCACCCGACUUAGUGUGCAGGUCACCGGGGUGGUGGAGGUCAGGUCUUUAGCCCUGAGAAGUCCAAGUGCAGAGGAGAGCAAGGAAGGGGGUUCUGCCAGUACUCCCUGCUCCUGAUGCUCUGUCUCCACUGGGCUUUUCCACUCCCUCCAGCUGCCAUCCGCUUCUGUGUGUCGCACUAGGACUUUUAUCGCUUAUUUUAAAGUGUCUUAAUUCUUUGUUCCCAGACACACAACCCUUCUAGCUGUUGGAGGGGUGAUCGUGAGAAACCUUCCAGGGAAACAGAGCACAGAAUGGACUGUUAGUUGUUUUUUAAAAAAGCAUAUAGACACAUUUCAACAGAUCAUAAAGAAAAAAUUCUAUCUCUUCGGUCCUUGCGAGAGAAGUCAAAUGAACUUGGUUUCUCCUCAUGCGCUUGGACGUCCAUAUCCGUUGACUGGAAAGAGACUGUUGUGCUGAAAUCCUGUCAUCGUGGUGGGUUUUUUCUUCAGUGGCCAAAAAUGAAGAAUUACAAGCAUAGUUCUUGACUGAACUGUGGGUGGGUGGAGCUUCCCUGGUGCAGGGCAGUUGGUUGUCCUGGCGCAGACAUCAGUGUGAUGUGGGUCUUGGAGGGUGGUCCUGUUCAGACCUGCCCUGGACCCAGCGAUUCUAGAACUAUGUAUCAUCAGCUCGCCCUCAUAAAGGAAUCUUCCUGCCGAA